AUGUCGCCAUUUCUAAGAACUCUUUCGAUACUUGCGCUCAUUAUAUUAUCGUCCAUAGAUGCUUAUUAUAUUAUCCCGCCCAACGAAACACUUUUUGCUUCAACUCCUACACUCCAUGAGAGAGCAGAGAUUGCUGCGGCACCGAUUGGAAAAUGUGUCCCUGUUGGCAGUGUCUUUCCAAGCGACGUAACGCUGCGCAUAUUACCUCUUGGAGCAUCCAUCGUCUUUGGCUAUGCUUCGACCGACAAAAAUGGCUUCAGAGCAGCAUUGAGGUCCCAGCUAGUUGCUAAUGGAGCUUCAGUAAACUUUGUGGGUGAAUUACAGAGCGGGACAAUGAUUGACAACGAUGUUUCUGGUUUUAUUGGGGCCCGUCUGGAUCAAGUGUUUACACCAUUGGAGCAUGCACUUCCCUGGCUGCCAAACAUAAUACUUAUCAAUGUUGGUUCAAACGACGCAGGCCAGUCAUACGACAUCGUCAAUUAUCAUGUCCGUUUAGCGGCGCUUCUUGAUCGCAUCAUUAAAACUCUCCCUAAAACGGUGAUCUUGCUUUCAAAUAUUCUUCCAAAUCGUACUCCUGAAACGGAAGCCAAUGUAAAAAUCAUCAACGCACAGUUCGCCGCCGUGAUACAGGAAAGAAUUGAUAAAGGUGCACUCAUUCAUUUUGUGGAUAUGCAUUCUCUAAUGAGUCCUUCUGACAUUGGCGACGGGACCCAUCCCAGCGAUGCUGGCUAUAUCAAAAUGGGUGGCAUAUGGUAUUCCGCUAUUCAGCAAGCCUUUGCCAAAUGCUGGAUCACUCCGCCAGGUUUCGUUGCAAGUAUCAAUGACACCGUCCCGGGAGCAAUAUCCAACACAAUAUGUGAGAAUGUCCUCGGCAACGCCGUAGGGCCGGUCACCGUUCAACAAGGAUCUGGCAAUGAUGAUUCGGUCUACGUACAUCAAGGCGAAGGCCUAGGUAUAGCACAGAUUGAUAUUCCUAGCGACGGGCUUGGAUAUGACCCAGCCCGGGUUUACUGGGCGGACAUCAAUGGGGCCCUUGGAGUCGCAUUAAGUGACGGUUCCGGAGCUAACGGCUUUGGAGGGCCCGGAGGAUUUCUCAAUUACGCAAUCCCUAUGCCCUCUUGUUCGGGUGUUACUUGGUUCAAAGAUAUUGAUGGAGAUGGACGUGAUGAUUACAUCUGCGUUGCACCAGACGGGAAACUCUCAGCUUGGCGUAACACUCCUGGGCCAAACCCUCGUCAACCUACCGUAAGAAGCACGCAAGGAUCCACGGUCAUUAUUGCCGAUAUUGACGGCGAUGGAAAAGAUGAUUAUUUAACUGUUUCCUCGGACGGCUCGAUUAGAGCAUCUAGAAACGGCGGGGUGGGUAUUCCCACGUACUGGCAAGAUUUGGGAGUCGUUUUCAAUGAGGGCGGUGGUCGAGACUGGAGAGGUUUCCAACUUACCGAUAUAAAUGGCGACGGACGAGAUGAUGUCGUGUGGACAAGCGACAAGGGUGAAGUCACAACAUGGACUAACCUACGAGGCCAUUCAGUCAAUAGUCUCGUCCCCGUUUGGAGAGCGGCUGGAGUCACACAUUUCGGGGAUCCUCUCUUGACACAAUAUCCCAAACCGCUAAGCAAAUUGAUAUUCGGUAAUGUCAAAGGACAUAAAGAAUGGGUCACAUACCCCAAUUAUCAGGGCGUUGGCAAUGACUACACAGUCGCGUAUCAAAUUGGUCCAAGUGGCGCAUACAAGCUCAGAGUUACGCUUUGGUUUAAUUCAGGAACGGGAGGUGGCACGCGGCAAGCAGGAGAUGGUGUUAGGUAUUGUGAUAUGCGUGGAAAGGGAUCAGACGACUACAUCUGGAUGGCAAAAGAUGGAACGCUCACUGUCUUUGGAAAUUAUAACAACCCGCCAAACUGGUUACAGUACGGUGUUGUAUAUACUCCCGGUUCACUCAUGGCCGGCCACACGAGAAAAGAUGUGCAUCUGGCGGAUCUGAACGGCGAUGGAAAAUGCGAUUUCCUCAUCGUUGACAAAGCAUCGGGAUCUGUUCGCAUGAUUCGCAACGAUUAUUCUGCUGCCACUGACAAGUUUGCGUGGACUGAUAUGGGAAUCGUGUUUGAUGGCGGUGGCUGUAAGAAUCAUUAUGGUGUUGGUCUUUUUGAUAUGGGAGUGCGAUUUGCGGACAUCACAGGAAACGGCUUCCCAGAUUACCUCUGCAUCGAUCCCGAUGGGCGUACGGACGCAUGGAUAAAUACCAACAUAGUAUUCAGAGCGAUGGGUCAGGCAAAGGCAUCUGCAGGCGCCGAUAGAGCGAAUAUCAGAUGGGCCGAUGUUAAUGGGGAUGGUAAAGCGGACUACAUCUGGAUCGACGAAUUCCUCGGAACCUACCAAUACUGGACCAACGCCGGACCUGGAAAUCCAGCCGAUAAUCUUGGCAGCCAUAUCCACUGGGACGCGCGGGGUGUUUCGGGCGGAGGUGGAAAUUUGAGAGGUGAAUGUCUGGACUUUUCAGACGGCUUAUGUUUAUUGGAAUUUGUGCCCGGGGAGUGGGCAUCCACCGCCGAUGACGGUUCUGCCACCCCUUCCUUCGUAGGGAUUAAUGAGUAA